AUUUAAUUAGUAAGUGUCACUUUAUAACCCUACAGGCACAUCUUCUUUGUCUCCCUUUCCCUACCUUAAAAACCCUUCAGACCCGCUUUAUUUUCACUAUUUCUGCGUUCACUUGUCUUCCCAUUAGAUCUCUCUUUCAGUUUCAUUAUGGCAACUGCUGCUGGCACUGGCUCCCCUUGUGGUGCAUGCAAAUUUCUAAGACGAAAGUGUGCCGCAGACUGCAUCUUUGCACCCUAUUUCUGUUCCGAACAAGGUCCAGCAAGGUUCGCUGCCAUUCAUAAAGUGUUUGGUGCAAGCAAUGUUUCGAAAUUACUGCUUCAUGUGCCUGCUGCUGAUCGCUGCGAGGCGGUGGUCACCAUUGCAUACGAAGCUCAAGCUAGGAUCAAAGAUCCAGUUUAUGGUUGUGUUGCGCAUAUCUUUGCCUUGCAGCAACAGGUGGCUUGCUUACAAACACAGCUGAUGCAAAUGAAGGCUCAAAUGGCCCAAGGUUUCUUCGAUUCAAGAAACAUAGAGACUCAAUGGCCUGCAGGAACCGCUACGUAUCAGAAUUAUCCAAAUUUCGCGAGUAUUAUGAAUGGAAACAUUUCGCUUUCGCCCGAGAGUUCACUUGAAUCCAUUGAUCACAACAGUGAAGGAAUGGGGAUGCAAGAGAGACAAGGUAGAGAGGAUCAUUACCAUGAUAUAUCUUUUCAACAAAUUUACAAUAACAAAAAGAGACCUUUCCCAAGUGAUUUGGGUGAGCUUCAAGAACUUGCUGUUAGAAUGAUGAGGAACUGAUUUAGUUUCUAUUAUUAGUGACCCUAGAGUGCCAGUUUGCUUCUUAUGAUCACCAUGUUAAUUCAUAUUAUCAUAAAAUAUUAUCUUUUGCAGUUUAUGCCUUUACCAGUACUAUUGUGUAUAUAGGGUUACCUCCGAGCUUGAUCAUUAGCCAUCAAGAAAGCUUGUUACCAUGC